AUGCCUUUCUCCAGAUUUGCCUCCUUUCUGUGCCUGCUAUCCUUUUUGCUGCUUCUCAAUAAUGCAGUUGGAGUUAACCCUCUCUUCCAUUUCUGUACUGGCUCUGAGAAGUUCAUUGACAAUGGCCCAUAUGAAACCAACUUGAACAAACUCAUGGAUUCUCUCCAAAUCCUAGCUCCUCCCACAGGUUUUGGAAAAGCUUCAGUUGGUUUGAACGCUGACCGAUCAAACGGGCUUGCUCUCUGUAGACCUGAUGUCUCAAACACAGACUGCAAAGCCUGUGUCACUGAGGCAAGCACCGAAAUUCUCAAACGCUGUCCAGACUACAAAGCAGCAAUCAUAUGGUAUGAUAAUUGCCUUUUGAAACACUCCAACAUGGAUUUCUUUGGCCAAGUUGACCACCAAAAGUUCUACAGAUUCAAUGAGAAAAAUGUAAGCAAUCCAGCAUCAUUUAAUCAGAAAACAAGGGAGCUGCUAAGCCGCCUAGCAGAAGCAGCUUUUGUAGCCCCAAAUAUGUAUGCAACUGGAGAAGUGGACCUUGAAGAGUCCAAGAAACUAUAUGGAUUGGUUCAAUGCACCAGGGACCUUUCAACCCUUGAUUGUAAACAGUGUCUUGAUGAUGCAGUAAGUGAAGUACCAAACUGUUGUGAUGGGAAGGAAGGAGGUAGGGUUGCCACUGGGAGUUGCAACAUAAGAUAUGAGACUUACCCCUUUGUGAAAUCUUAGAAUUUCCUCUAGGAUUU